GCAGGUUGUGUCAGUAUCGCUUGUUGCAGGAAUGCGAGACGUGGCUGAACGUGGCGCUGGCCAGAGAGGAGGACGGGCAGGAGUUUGAGGAGUCGGAGCCGUGUUACCAGAGAGCACUGGAGAGCGCCGAGCGCGCCCACAGCACCCCUCUCCAGGUGCGUGUGUUGCGGCUGCUGCUGUCGGCCCAGCAGAAGCGAGGCCUGCCCCAGGCUGAGGGCACUCAGGCCAGGCUACAGGAACUGGCUCAGCACCAGGCAGGCAGCGAGGAGGAGGAGGAGGAGGAGGAGGGCAGUGAGACACUUGAGGAGAGUGAACCCCUGGGGGAGAGCGAGCUGGAGCUGUCAGACAGCGAUGAGGAGGACCUGGAAGGUUACAGUAAGCUGAACCCAGGCAGGAGGAGGACAAAGCAGUGGAACCGCAGGAAUGAGAAAGGGGAGACUGUGCUGCACAGAGCCUGCAUCGAGGGGAAUCUCAGACACGCCCAGAAUCUGGUGGCAAAGGGUCACCCUCUGAACCCCCGGGAUUACUGUGGCUGGACACCCCUACAUGAAGCCUGUAACCAUGGCCACCUGGAGAUUGUGCAGUUGCUGCUGGACUCUGGUGUGAACAUGAACGACCCCGGGGGCUCUCGCUGUGAGGGGAUCACUCCGCUCCACGAUGCCAUCACCUGCGGCAACUUCCAGGUGGCCGAGCUGCUGAUCCAGAGAGGAGCCUCGGUCACCGUGCUCAACGCUAAGGGUCAGAGCCCGCUGGACAGCCUGUCUGACUGGUACCAGACGUACAGCAAACACUUGGACAAAGACACCAAGCAGCAGUGCUGCCAGACACAGAGACUGCUGAAGGCAGCUCUAACUAGCGGCCCACGGCGGGCUGGUCAGGCCAGCCAGGAGAGCGACCUGUUUGACUCUGAGCGCUCGGAGCUGUCUGUCUCUCUCCCCUCGAGGGAGCGAGGCAGAGAGAGGCGUCUGCAGGAGACCAGUGAGCUGUCGGCAGGCAACAGAAACCUCCCGCACCCUUCACAGCGAGGGGCUGGGCACCUGGCCCAACAUAUUGGGGACCCUUCGUCAUCCAGCACCCAGGCGUCCGGCACUAACAGACCAGGCUGGGGUUCUGUGGGUGACGUUGGCUCUGAUGAUGAUGAUGAAGAAGAUGGUGAUGAAGAUCUCAUGGUGCUGCUUCGCUCAGUGAAGAGAAGACCCAGGGUCACGGGGCAGCAGUCGGGUCAAGCACCUGAAGGCGACCGGCUCUCGCCACCGGGCUUGUGCGAUGACCGGGAUUUUCCUGACGAACCGGACACGGAUUGGGAUUCCUCCCGUGGCAGGAACCAGGAGAGGGAUUUGGAGGCUCCAAAUGCGGGGAGGGCCGUUUACCUGCAGGCCAUGCGUGGUCUGGGCAGCGCCAAAUCCCGGCUGUUGGAGCCCGGCCACUCCACCUCCCCUCCUCCCCCUCCGCUGGCGGGCUCCGACCGGCCGGCUCUGGUCCCCGAGGAGCAGGACCUGGCUGAGGAUUGGCUGGAGGAUGACCUGAGGUUAGCCAGGCCGAGGAAGAGAGCCAGGGGCGAGCAGCACUGGGGGGCAGGGAGCUCGGAGCGGGCAGCCAUUGGCAGCUCAGAGGAGAGCCAAGUCCAGUCCCUGACCCUAGCCCCCACCACCCACACUUCCUCCUCCUCCGUCUCCUCCUCCAGGCUGGGCCUGAAGAACAAGAGGAGAAGCCGACAGAUGAGGAUGACGCAGAUCGUGGACAGGACGGUGUUGGGGAGGAGCGGAAGGAGCGGGGAGCAGGGAUUGGGGGCUUCCGUGCCUUCGGAGUCUGAGAGCAGCCGAGAGACCCUGACCACGAGACUGUCCCAAACCCCGAGCGUGGCACAGCCAGUGCUGGUUGCUGUGGCUCCAGUGAUCCGGGUGCGGGUCAGAGUGCAGGACAAGCUGUUCCUCAUCCCAGUCCCUCACAGAGACAGCGAGACUCGUGACAUCAGCUGGCUGGCAGAACAGGCCUCUCAGAGGUACUACAAGGAGUGUGGGUUGCGGCCGAGGCUGACGCUGAAGAAAGAGGGGGCGCUGCUGGCCUCCGACGACCCCGUAUUGCACGUGCUCCAGAGCAACGAGGAGGUGUUGGCGGAAGUGAUGUCCUGGGACUUGCCCCCCCUCUCAGACAGGUACAAGAGGGCAUGUCAGAGCCUGGCUACAGCUGAGAACAGGCUGGUGCUGAGGAUCAUGGAGAUGCAGGAGAACAGUGCGUGUUUCAGUCUGGCUAACCUGAGCCUGGGACCGGUCAGGCUGCCCCCCGUGCUCCGUGCCCUGAAGCAGCAGAACAGCACCAGGGAGCUGUGUCUGAGCGGGGACAGACUGUGCGACAGGCUGCUGGGGGAGCUGGCUGACACCCUCAGCACCCUGCCCGGCCUGGCCCGCCUGGACCUGGCCAACAACCACAUCACAGCUCCCGGCCUGAGGGUUCUGUGUGACGCCACUCUCAGGCCCUCCCACCUCAGCUUCCAGAGUCUGGAGGAGUUGGAUUUGAGCCUGAAUCCCCUGGGAGAUGCCUGCGCCCCCUCCGUCGCCCACCUGCUGACCAGCUGCCCCGCCCUGAGCACCCUCAGACUGCAGGCCUGCCGGCUGACAGCCAGGCUUUUCCACCAGCAGCGGCCCUUGCUGGCCGAGGCCAUUACGGAGGCCGUGCACCUCAAGACCCUGGUUUUAUCCCACAACCAGCUGGGCUCUGGGGUGGAGACAGCCCUGAGGAGCCUGCCCCACCAGAGCCUGACUCGCCUGGAGCUGAGCUGUGUGGCCAGUAGCCCUGCAGACCCCCAUUUCCUGGAGCCCUUGGUCAGAUACCUGGGGCAGGAGGGAUGUGCUCUGACCCAUCUAAACCUGUCGGGAAAUCGAUUGACAGACGAAUGUGCCAGUGACUUGUCCAGGUGCCUGUUGCUGUGUGGGUCUCUGGUGUCCCUGGAUCUCUCGGCUAAUCCCGGGAUCACGGGGCGGGGGCUGGAGCGGUUGCUGUUGGCCAUUGCCGGGCGGAGUGUUGGGAUGCAGUACCUGAGCCUGGCAGGUUGCUCGGUGACCGGGCCCCUGGAGGGGCUCAGCGGCAGGGAGGGGCUGCGGGAGCUGAGGCUGUGUGGUAGGGGCCUGGGCAAGUGGCACCCGCAACACACCGGAGUCGCCGCCGCCGCCGUCCACCGUCAGCACAAGUGCUUCACCCUCACCGCGAACAAGUAAAUUGGGCAAACUCCCACCGCCUGGGCUUCUCCGUCCGUUUGUCUGUCGGUCUGUCUCUCUGAAUGGCAGAAUCGAGCCAGCCCUCGGCGGCAGCCUCUCGCCAGGUGGGUCCACAGUA